UAUAUAUAUGAUCUACAUAUUUUGGAAAUGCUAGUUUGCACUAUUGCAUGGGAGCUGAAAUCCUUCCAUCAUCAUUCUUCAAGAUGCAAUGGAACGUGCCAAGAACUGUAUUUCGACUGGCACAUAGGACAUGCAUCGAGCCACAUAAAGCUCGUCUUUUUGGACAUUGUCAAAAGAGAAAAGAGCCAUUAAUUGCACAUAAAGCUCAAUGCAGAAUAUUUUUGGUUCUGGGCCCUCAGAAACAAUGGUUUCAUGUAUCUGCUGCCCUGUGUGCUGCAAAGGAAAAGAAGACAUUCAGUCAUGCCCUCCAACCAGAACUCCUUCCUCAUAAGGAGUGGAAUCAAGAUAUUUUGUCCAAGAGGGUUUUAUCAUCCAAAGCCACACCCUCAGAACCUCCAGAAAAAAAGGAAGAACUUGAUCCUUUACAGGAUACCUCUAUUAGUCUUUAUCAACGCUUUAAGAAAACAUUUAGACAAUAUGGCAAAGUUUUGAUUCCAGUGCAUCUAAUAACCUCUGGAAUUUGGUUUGGAACAUUUUAUUAUGCAGCCAUGAAAGGAGUGAAUGUUGUUCCUUUCCUAGAACUCAUUGGGUUACCUGACAACGUGGUGAACAUUCUCAAAAAUUCCCAGAGUGGAAAUGCAUUAACUGCUUAUGCUUUGUUUAAGAUCGCAACCCCUGCCCGUUAUACUGUGACUCUGGGCGGAACCUCCUUCACUGUGAAGUAUCUGCGAAGUCGGGGCUACAUGUCAACACCUCCUCCUGUUAAGGAGUAUCUCCAAGACCGGAUGGAGGUGACGAAGGAGCUUCUCACAGAGAAAAUGGAAGAAACUAAGGAUAGACUCGCUGAGAAAUUACAUGAAACCAAAGGAAAAGUUUCUUUUAAAAAGAAAGUGGAAUAGGGUGCCUUAUAUAACAGGUUUUAGGAAAUUUAUGCAUUUUAUCCCUUUGGAGACUAUGAACAAAGACUGUGUUCCUGGUUAUCUUUUUGGUUAGUUACCUAAAUAUACCCAUUUUCUGAAGGUUAUGCAACUGAUAUUUUUUUAAAAUUAAAUAUUACUAAGAAAAAAAAAAUCAGUGUUUUACAAAGAUAAAAUGGACCCAGUAUAAGAAUUUCCUAUCAGUAGCAGCAUUCAGCAGUAUUCAGUGUCUUAUACAUCAGCCCUAUUUUCAGUUUCCUCAGAAUUCUACUUGUUUUAUAUUUUGCUUUAUACUUGUUGGUAUAAUUAUUCAGACUAGACAGUUGGCUCCUUGAAUAACCCAUGCAGCCUUAGGCAGGAUGUUAACACUAGACUUCCAUCUUUGUGUUACUCAUUGAGGUUUAACUGUAUUUAGUUUGCAUUGCGGAAACAAACUGUUACCAAAAACUGCCUACCUGUGACUAAAAUGAUGGAAAAAAAAAACAAAACAGUGUGUAAUGGUUAUAUACCAAUUAAAAUACAAACUUCUUAUGAAGAAUGUUGAAUAAAAAUUGAGUCGUGUAAAUAA